AAUGUUAACGACUCUACAGUACAACAAAUCUCUUCUGUGCUCAGAACAACCCAUUCAGAGCUGGGCUGAGAUUAAGUAAGUAAGGAGUAUUGAUUGAUGACCGAACUGCAAUAUGAGUCAGUUUUAUCAUCAAAUCUAGCAGCAAGUUUAGAUGUUCAGACAGGCUGGAGCACGACUUCUCACUUGGGAGUGGGACAACUCUGCUUUUAACCAUAAAGUCAUGUUGUUAUGGUUUUCUUAAACUGUAACAACAUGCCAGAUCAAGUUCAAGGAGUUAUAUCUAUAGCCACUGGGCCACUUCAUUUUAAUGUCAUCCAAAUUGACUCAUUUCAGCAUCGAUGUGACAAAAUGAACAGUUUGUUAUGACACCUAUUAAUGAGAAAAUGUGUUGUUAAAUAGAGAAUUUUUCCUAUGCGGCUAUCUCCCUUAUAUUAGUAAUAUUUGGUUUCAGACAGAGAAAAGUUUAAGUCAAAAGAAAGACCAGAGCAAAUAAAAUAGCAGGAUAUUGACAAGGAUUUCCAUUUUAUAUGUGUUUAGUUUAAGUCGACAAUCAUCACUUGGUUUCCAAAACAAUAGAAUAACGUCAGCAGAGUGGCUGUCUCAAAAAGUAAAUAGGAGUGAGUGCAGUAUUUAAAGAACAGGAGUUUGGUUUGGUGUCAUACAUCUGUACAUAAACACCAUGCAGAGUGGGCAUAGGGGACAACUAUUGCCAUACUUUUCUCAGUGGAGGAAGACCUACUCCAAUACACAGGAACCAUAUCCUUUACUGGAGUAAAAGCAGCAGUACAACAACAUAAAAUUCUCCAUUAUGAGUAAAAAUCCUGCGUUCAUUUAUUAUCAGCAGUACUGAAAUUACUCAUGCAGGAAAAAUGGCCCCUGUGAUAUAUUUUUAUUAAUACGAAGUAGGAUUUUACUGUUGAGGUGGAGCUAAUUUCAACUAAGUUUUUUUUAAAAGGGUCAUAAGAUGAUUAAUGGGGUAAAAAAGAAAUUGGAAAAAUAUAUUAAAGAAAUGUUCUAUUACCGAAAUUAUUUUGGGCUUUUCUAAAAAAUGUUACCUCUUUCUUCCUCGAACAGUCGUUGAAAUGAGGUGGGAAGUCUAGAGGGCAAAUGUCUGUUUGAUUGCAAUGCUAACAAGUCAUUGACAUCUGUAAAGCGACCCUACAACCAUUAAAAGUAAAGUAAUUCCAGCACAAAGUAAAAUUACUGAAGUAAAAAGCCCAAGUGCCCUCUGAAAUGCCAGUGGAGUGGUCGUGUAGCACAAAAUGGUUAUUUUGCAGUUCUAUGAAUGGAGAAUAAAGGGAUUUCCAGCAUAACUGUCACUUUCGAGACAAAACCAAAUCCAGUCCAUCAUGAAGCAGAUGAAACAGUCGUUGUGUUUUUCUUCACUUCCCUGUCUACAAGACCUCGCCCUCUACGUCACCGACCUGAAGCCUCAAAGUGGAGACGCUCAACUUUGCUGCCUUCACUCAGUCCUGGAGCUCGCUGCUGUCCCGUCCCUCCUCUCCCCCCCCCUCCACAGCUGCAUACGGAGGCGCGAGGCUGGAGAGCAAACAUGAUCAUAACUCGGCACGGAAUGUUUCGCAAGUUGUAGUCUGCUAACGCACCGGACGGGCAGCCCUUCGCCACAGAUCCGCCUUUAAAAUGGCCCAACAGAACCACAGCUGUCAUUAUAAAGAGUCCAUGUUCUUCUUCUACAACAACAGCGGCGCUGACGAUAAAUGGGACAAAGCGCAACUCAUCCUUGUGCAGGUGGUGGGCUCUCUCUUCUGCUGUUUCAUCCUUGUCUCCAAUGCCAUGGUCAUAGCUGCUGUCAUCACCAAUAAGAGGUUUCACUACCCUUUCUACUAUCUUCUUGCCAACCUUGCCGCCUCGGACUUCCUGGCAGGCAUAGCGUAUGUGUACCUCAUGUUUAACACAGGUGAGGUGUCACGGAAACUUACAGUAAAAGAAUACUUCAUCCGUCAAGGUCUCCUGGAUGUUAGUCUCUCAGCCUCGCUGUCUAACCUGCUGGUAAUAGCUCUAGAGCGCUACAUCUCAGUCAUGAACUGGAAAGUCCACAGCAACCUGACGAAGAGGAGGGUGACGCUGCUGAUCGUACUGGUGUGGGCCAUCUCCAUCUUUAUGGGCGCUGUGCCGAGUCUGGGCUGGAACUGCAUCUGCAACCUGAGCGACUGCUCCCAGCUGGCUCCAAUUUUCAGCAGGAGCUAUGUGAUCUUCUGGUCUGCGUCUAACCUGGUGGUGUUCCUGGUGAUGGUGGCCAUCUACAUGAGGAUCUACGCCUACGUCAAGAAGAAGACGUCAAUGCUCAUGCCACACACCAGCGGCUCCAUCAAUCGCAAGAGGACUCCCAUCAAGCUCAUCAAGACGGUCAUGGUUGUACUUGGGGCUUUUGUGAUCUGCUGGACUCCUGGCCUGGUGGUUCUGCUGUUGGACGGUCUCAACUGUACGAGUUGUAACGUCAUGAAAUUAAAACGCUGGCUGCUGCUCCUGGCUGUACUCAACUCCGUCAUGAAUCCCUGCAUCUACUCCUAUAAGGACGAGGAAAUGUGGACAACUAUCAAGAACCUCCUGUGCUGCAUUGGCAACGGCACGCGACGGCAGCGGUCGACAAAGGCCAAUGCCAGGCCGCUCAGCUCUGGUCAGGACAUGGGCAACAGUCAGCCUCCCUCAGAAGAGACAAAAAAUGACGAUCAGGGCAUACUCAAGACCUGAAAAUGGAACUUCUGUCCAGCUCUGACUGGAAGGACCUUGCAAAGAUAAGAUAAGAAGUUGACUUGAAAGAGAAAUGGCAUCAUCGUCUCAGGGGGGUCGUUGUUGUCCUCAGAUUAAAAGUACUUUCAUGAAGAGACACUGCAGGCCAGCUGCUGCAGAGCUGAGGUUGUGGUGAGAUGGAGAAAAGAGAAUUUGGUGCACUUCUUAUUCUCCAAAUGGAUGCAAAGAUGAGCUUUUUCGGUUUUUCUGUAGGAUUAUACGGUUUUUGGACACGCAACUCCCAUUUGUGUGCAAUGGGAGAUUAAUAUUGCUGUUCUCAACUGUAUUUGACAUCCUCAUCACACUCCCUAUGGGUUAUAUGAUCUUAUACUGCGCUCCAAUGGCUGAAGACAGAAACUAGUAUGAAGUACACACAUUGGCACAUUUCUACUUUUACCUCCAAAAAGGGUAAAAAAAUAAAUAAAAAAUCAUGCGAAAGGUCCCUAACAUAAAUUUGUGUACACCUGAUGGGUAGAUUUACUUCUUCUGUAGCUUAUUAGGAAUCAAUACUGUAAUGGGUGAUCUAGCUAAGAAAUUGUUUAUGGAAAUUGUAGUAUUGUAAGAAAUUGUAAAUGACUUGUUUAGUCAGGUACUAUAAAACUGUACGUUUGCUUGGGUAGGAAACCACUUUAAAGAUUAUUUCUUAUUUUUAAACACACCCAGCAAAAUACUGUUAACUGCUGUACUAUAUUUGUACUUCCUGUUAGAUGCUCUCAAGAAGAGGUGAAGUAAUUUAAACUGUAUGACAGCUAGCGUACUCAGCAUGCCCAGAUUGUUUUGGCCAUUAUUUUCAUUUUAAGUUAGUUCACACCGCAUUUUCUUCUGUAAAGAAUGUUUGCCUGUGUGGAAUAGACUAGAGUCGUUCCUUUCUUGUCACGUCUUUCAUCAUUUAUCAGUUUGCCUAAACAAACAUAUAAACUCCCACCUGCAGCAUGUCAUGGAGGCAAACUUGUUCUGCCUGUAGCAUUUUAACAAAUCUGCUUCAACUCAUUGAAUGGCUGCUGUUGCUCUGACGAAACAAAGAGUGCAGUGGUUGUAAAAUGAUGUUGCGACACACUGAAUUCCUGCUGGAGUUCAGUAUACACUGAGUACUGGCUGGAACCGAAGAGGAUCUGACUGAAUAGACUGUAACUAGGGGGUAGUUACUUACACACACACACACACACACACACACACACACACACACACACACACACACACACACACACACACACACACACACACACACACACACACACACACACACACACACACACACACACACACCCCCCCCCCCCAUUAUUAAAUAACUGACAGUGUUCAGAUGACUCUUCUUCACCCAGCUGUCCAGAAUUUAUGCCAGUCUUGCUGUAAAGGACAUGACAUGUCUAAUGCUGUUUAUAUCUUGGGAGUGUAGGAAUGCGAGUGGGGAGUGGAAAAGUUUACAGCUCCAGUGAAGAGUGUUUCAUUAUUGAACUGAGAUUAUUCAUAGUCAUUCCUGUGUAGUGUGACUUUCAAACUGUUGGACUUUUAAAACCAUAAGAAUUAACUCACAUUGUUAAAAUUAACAGCUUUUGGUGUUGCAUGUUUUUUUUGUCAAACAUAAUUACAUGUACUCUGUUUUUUUUGUUGUUUUUUUCCUGAUGAUAUGAUACAGAAACUGCUAGCAGUAGAGGUUAUUUUCACAAAAGCCUUAUAGCUACAUAUAUCAGGUUGGAUAUGAUUCUCUCAAAGUAGCCUACCAAAAAUGGAUCAAAUAUAUUUAUUUAAAAAAUCUAUAGUACCCAGAAUGUGAUUCCAGCAAUAUCAGGUUUUAAUCUGUCCAAUACUUUGAUUUAUGAUAAGUCAGAAUGUCUCCUGAUUUUAACUAACUGGUACUAGCUUGUAAUGGGGAGUCUAAAUACCCUUGAUGACAGAUCUUAGCAACCCCCCUGAAAGGAUUAUCUGACACUCUUGAUUACGUGACUUGUAGCCUACUGCAGUCAAUAGUUGAUGAAGUACCGCGCUUGAGAUUUCUGCUGCUCAAGAGCUGCCACUUCAGGAUGAUUUCCUCUGUUCAGGCCAAUUAGUGGGUAACCUUUAGUUUCCAUUUAGUCAGUUUCAUUAUUGGCCAAAAAGCUGGAGAAAAACAGCACUGGCUCUUAAGUGGGGGGAACAAGAAACACCUCUGAAUUAGACAGCAAAGCACUUGCAUCAGUAAAAAUGUCCACACAACAGUAUUUUAAUUUUGUACAGCUUUCUGUGAUUAACAGUAACCUGACACUAUUUGAAAUUUCCUGUAAAUGUCACCUAUCUGAAACUCUUCAUCAACAUCUGGAAAAAUGGUAAAAUGUAAAAUGUUGUAGGUUAAAGAAACAGUGAAACUUACAUUAUGUAUUUUAUGAACAGCGGUGGAUUCUUUUACUUAAGUAAAUACCACUAUCUGAAUACUCUACUAUAAGUGGAUGUUCUUCAUUCAAAACCUUACUUAAGUAAAAGUAUGUAAGUAUUAGCUAAAUGUACUUUAAGUAAAGAAAAUGGUCCCUGUUGGUGUUACUAUUAAAUAAUAUUACUGCUUCAUUAGUGUAUAUGUUGCAUUUUACUGCUGUAAAUGUUUAUAGUUGUGCUAAUUUUAACUACUUUUUGUUGUUGGGUAGUAUAAUCUACAGCAAUGUAUCAUCUUCUGUAAAAUCAUCAGCGUUGUCCUGUGAGUACGAUGUAUCUCUAAAAUGUUAUGAAAUGCAGCCUUGUUUUCAGCUCUGUCACGAUGCAUUUUCCAGCUAAUUAAUUUUAAAUAGUUUGUUUAUCUUAAGAAGUAGGAGAAUUUUCUCAACACAUAAAGACAGACUAAAGUUUGUCAGAAAAAGAAUCAAAUUCAAAAUCACCAAAUUUGGAAAUACAUGGUUUCCACUGGACAGAAAGGAUAACAACUGUAAAGAAAAGUAACUGUAGUGGAGUAAAAAGUACAAUAUUUGCCUCUGAAUUGUAGUUGAGUAGAAUUAUAAAGCUGUGUAAAUUGGAAAUACUCUACUCUUUGUAAAGUAAAAGUACCUAGGAUUUGUAUCAGUACUUGAGAUCUGUGCAAAAUAUACUUAGUUACAUUCCACCACUGGUUAUAAACUGCAUAUUGUGUGCAUCUAUUAAUUUGUGUGCUGUUUAAUACUACAUACUGUAGUUCCUCUGUUUUAUCUAAAAAGGCUUUGAAUCUUGUUGAAAUUUGAAAUCUCCCCUCUAAUUUACUCUCGUCGACAUGCUUGAAAUACAAGCCCAUUGUUCAUAAUCUUUAACUCUUUGCAACCACAAACCCACAGCAAUUCUUAUUUUCCCCUCAUAUUCUAGUAACCUGCUUUUACAACAUCAUGUCCUCCCCUACACACAAUCAGCCUCAUUAGACAGUAGAAAAAAAAAAGGUUCAGCACUGUACAUUUUGCUCAUAGAAAACUACUCAGGGUGUAAAUGACAUUCAGUUUUUUGUUUCAGGUUAAGGUUCGACUUGAUUAAAGUCAUGUGGUCUCCAUUAAGAACAUGUUGUAUUAUAGUAAGUGCUGUAUGUCCUCAGUAGACCUGUCGUGACUGCUGCGUGCCACCCUGGUUUUGCGUUCCCAAAAACAUAAACUGUAAACUGUGUGGUGUUGCAGGCCUUUUUCUACAGCUGUGCUGUAAUUAUGCAUUCUUGAAAAGCCAAUAAAAUUUUACAGAUGUUCGAAAUGCUG